AUGGUCUACCAUACUCUAAACAAACCACGCGCCGUGCAUGUGGCCAGCGAUGCCGUCCCCUCGAGCCCGAGUCCCUUUGCGGAAGUGGAGGGUCCCUCCAAGCCGACCAUGAGCCCGAAUCCUACCUUCCAGACCCCUUCCACCCAUGCCAACAAAAAAAACAACCUCUCCGUUCACCGCGGCCGCCCAGUCAUCCCAACCGACUUCUCUAAAUUGCCAAUUAUCGACGUUCCACUUAAGGCAAUGAAUAAUGUUUGGACUUGCUGCCAGUGCGAUAACUUGGGCAAUGCUCUGUCCCGGGAACGCUGCCCGAUUUGCGGCCAUUGCAAGUAUAUGGGCAUGGGCAACGGCACCAGCAUCAGCAUCGGCAUUGGGAUUGGGAUUGAAAUCGGUAUGAACGCCGAAACGGACAUGGAUAGAGGCGCAACAUCAUAUGCUUUCCAGCUAUACGGGUAUGUCCGUGGCUGUUGA